UAAUUGUAAAUGAUAUACACACAUAAGGUAUUUGUAAAAUAGUCUAUGAUGACAGCACGUUCUGAUUAUAUAAUAGUAUUGUGUCAAUAUUAGACUAAAUUAUACAUGGCAACGAUAGACAUUUGAAACAAUGCUUAAAAAAAACACCACUGAACUGGACACAAUCUCCUGAAGUGAACCCAAUUUUCAAUCUGUUUGAAAUGUAAUCAAAUCCUCGAUCUACAAAGAAAGGCGAAUUACCAGCAUGAAGCAAGCUGGGCUCCCUCUGGUGGUGAUGCAAUGUUUUAGUUCCUUUGGUACGUAAUGACGUCAUGGUCAUACGCCGAUCAACUUCCUGUUUUGCUAGUUCCAAAGCAAACCUAUGAGGCUUUUGGGAGAUAGACACUUUACUUAAAUGUUGUGCGAAAAAUAGUUUUUGGCGUUGUAUGUAAUCGGCGGAUGAACAUGCGAGACUCCUGUGCAUCUGAUACCUUUGCGCUGUAGCGUCAUGGCUUAUGUAUGGUAGGGGAAAGUUUAUAGUCUAGCAAGCUAGCUAAGGCUAGAUCACAAAUUGACUGGAGAAGCACUAAUUGUGUUUAAAAUGUCCAUUUUCUCACUGCGAUCAGAAGCACAUGAAUCAAGAACCACUUGAAUCAUUAUUAAAUAAAUCAUCGAACCUCUCUUUUCCUCACAUAGACAUUAGUAAACAGUUACUUGGGGUUAUGGUUCGAUAUUGCAGAGGUUGUGGCGGCAGCAGGGUUAAAUUCGAUCUCUGAUUAAAUCCUAGUAUUAACUAUAUAUUGAAUUGGCUGAAAAUGAACAUUUUACCCAAGAAAAGUUGGCAUGUGCGCAACAAGGACAAUGUUGCAAAGGUCCGUCGUGAUGAAGCAAAAGCGGCCGAGGAUGCACGUGAGGUUCAAAAGCGCAUAGAACGCGCAGAGCAAGAGGCACGGACACAGUACUUGAGAAACAAGUCUCGAGCUGCCCUUGAGCAGAGUGGGGUGGUGAGUGAAGAAGUCGAGGCUGAAGGAGAAGGGAAAGCGUCCACAGAGCUCCUGAACCUGUUCCCACAGGAGGAUGCCACUGGGAAGAAGGGGAAUGAGGAGUACCUCAAAGAAAAGAACGAGGAGAAGGAGAAGCAAGAGCGAGCCAUUGGCCUGCUGGUGUCUCUGGGUCCAGCACCAGGUACCGAAGCCACUCCCUGGUACCUGAAGACUCGGAGUGAACGAGAAGCAAGGGAGGACGAGAAAGAGAAAGAGGAGAAAGUCAAGAAAGAGAAGGACAAAGGGAAACGCAAGACCUUCACCAAGGAGGAGCAGGAGAAGAGAGACCUGAAGCUGAAAGACAGCCUGGACCCCUUGCGGGAGAUGAAGAAAGCCCUGGCGAAAAAAGGGCAUAAAGAAAAAAAGAGGCAAAGGAAAGAGAAGAGAGACAGAGGAGAGGGGAGCAGUGGAGGUCAGAGCACGUUGGAGAGGCUGCGUGCGGAGCGACUGCAGAGGGAGGCGGAGGAGAAGAGGAAAGCCAAAGCCCUGCUGGACCAGAGCAAGGGCGGAGGGAAGGAGAAGGAGCCCGAGAGGGAGGUGGGAGAGAGGGACAGGCCCUACAACAGCGCGUAUUUUCCUGCGCUGGCCCGGAAGAGACAGAGGAGAGACAGGGAUCAUUAUGACUUCUGCUAGCCCAAGGGCUCCUCCUCUGGGUCUCGAACUCGCCUAGCAAAUGGACACAAGUGAGGAGAGGUGAAAGCAGCUGGCUAACAGAGUGGUCCCUAAACUGGACUUAAGGAGAAUGUGUGUGGUGUGGAGGGGGUAUAUCAACCCUAUAUUUUGUCAUGUGGGUGAUAUUUUACAUAAAAUUCUCUGUUCUGUUUUUGAUUGA